AUGGAUCGUCCUCCGCCGAAGACUUAUCUUGAACAGCUAGAAACGGACAAGACUUCUGAUGGACGACCAGUGUGGGCUCCGAAACCUAAUCAGACCCGGCAACUGAACCAUGAAGAUCUGGUUUAUCUGGCUAAGAUCAAGGCGUUAUCACAAUUUUCAGAUAAAAUACAGAAGGUAAGUAGCUCACAAAGUUUGCAUUUUGUUUUUAGAAGAAUAUGAAGCUUCGAUACCGCUUGAAUUCUGUUUCCAAGGAGAUCAAACUCAUGAAGAAGAUCAAAAGGUAUGGAAUUCUGUUUAUUGAAGGAUGAAAUUUUAGAUUUUUGUGUGAGAAACUGCUGGAGAUGGACGAGAAUAUUCAUGAUGAAAGGAUCGACUUUGAUGAGAACGAUAAUGAACAGCAGAUUGACGAGACCAUCAGUGAGGUUGUUACUAUGGUCAUGCAGAAUCCAACUUUGGUGGAAAUGAAUAUAAAGAAGAGCAAAUUAGCGGAGAUGAAGAAACGAGAGCGUGACGUAGGUUGCACGUCGCACUUGAUUUGUUUUUCAUUUUUUUUAUUUUGAAAUUUUACUUAUUGUUUUAGGCACACCAAGUACCUAUCUCAAUGGAUGACGAUGAUGCUGAUAAAUCAAGACAGCAUAUUAUAUCCAUAAUUGAAAGUGUUGCCAGUGAAGGGAUGUACGAGGAAAAUAAGAAAUCCCGAUCAAUAAGGCCUUCACAUCCAUCUAAAACUCAUAUUCAGAAGCCGAGUUCUAGUUAUGUAAGUCGAUUUAAAUUUUUAGGUAUCUCUUUUUAGACUGCUCGUGAAGGCGACGAAAAGCCGGAGAAGCCAGCAGGGAUCUUUAGGCUAAAUUACAAUGGCUUCAAAGAUCCAGAGGCUCAAAAUACAUCCAACUACGAUGCUCUAUCUACACCUUUGCGAGAAGUAUUGAAGAUCGCACAGGGCAGAAAGCCAGACCAUGGUGGAGUAACUGAUGCUUGGCUUGCCCUUAUACAAACAUCAUCAAUGUCUCCAAAAACAAGUUCCUUAUCUCCGCCUGCCACGGCACGCAGUCGUUUGUCCACUUUCAACUCGAUCUCAUCGGCCGCUUCACCUGAUCGGAGUACCGAAAAUAAUCAGCAUGAUGUAAAUAAGAAAUAA